CCUCAUUGCCCGUUUGCUUUCGUCAAUUCUUUUCGAAAACUGACAGCGACAAAUAGCCACAUAUCAAAAACAUGCCUCGCCCGGGUCAGCAAGCAGCUCGCAGGAAAAGAGCCCGUGUCUCCACUACUCCCGCUCCAUCAACAAACCAAGAGGAGCCAGGCUCCCCCAACCCUCGUGCGCGAUGUCUGCCUGUUGCAGACCUCCCAGCCGAUUUUGAUGGCGUACCAGAAGAUGGAGCACAAUAUCUGGCAAUGGUUAUGAGGAACAACGAGGAAUUACCUUGGUCUACACGAAUGGAAGGAUGGACACCGGCUGUAGAGAAUGAGACGGAAGUCAGACCAGACAGUGGCCAACCGGCUGGUACAAGACAUAUGGCGUUGCCCCAAGGAAGCUGGGAAGUACUCUUCCCUCUUCAUUUCCAAAAUUAUCGAAAGAACUUGGCUGAAAGUUGGCCUCCGUCACCACCUCUACCGUAUCCUCAAGAAUAUCCGCCUUUACCCGAAGCAAAUCGACGGUCCGAAUGGUACAUGUUCAUCAAUGGUUAUUCCAUGGAGCAGUAUUCGAAGCCAUUACAGAGAGGCACGAAGGGCAAAGAAAGGGCUUUUGAGUUGACAGAGGAAGAAGCCAUGAAUGAAGGAGCAAGCGAUAAUCAGAAUGCCCAAGGAGCCAACGGAGAGUCUUCCGCAGAACUGAAAGGGAAGAGGGGUAAACAUAGAGAACCCCUCGUCAGUGUGGUCCAAGGACUAAACUCGAAUGAAGCUGUCCGAAUCCUCUCACAUUUUGCCCACUGGCUGACUGAAUCUAUAACCCAACUUCCACCUCCCUUUCCCACAUCACCUGAGCUCCUCCCUACUCAACCAGACGGGCCAAUGAAUCCUCCUUCUCCUGCAUCGUCUUCAACAGCUCGGCCUCCCAAUCCAUUUCCUCCUCACUACGCGCAGUGGAUCUUGGCUCUUCUCAUGAUUGUCGAUUCUCAUCUUUCGGGGGGGCAAAUAUCGACCCUUCGAGAUCUUGCACGUGCAGCUAUGAGGGUUGCAGGCUGGCGGUGGAUUCGUGGGGUCGUAGCGAGGGACGUAAGUGAAGGAUGGAAGCUCGGUGGUCAAGGCUGGAGAUUGGUGACGGCAUCCACAGAGAACGAGGGAGACGAAGAGGAGAACGUAGAUGAGAUGCUUGCGAGGUGCUGGGUGGUUGUACAUGCUGUGGUUGCUGGAUGGGCCCAACGAGAUUUGCUUGAUGAUUUGGAAAAUCUUUUCAAGUAGGUCUUUGGUGGCUUGGGAGGAUAGCUACUACGCAUCAAACACCAUAAUGGAGGCAUCGACCAAUGUGUAACAGAUGAUGACGACUAUACAGCGUGAUGUAUUCAACGAUAGUCUGACUGGAAAAUAAAGAUUGUUUUCAGUACCCGCACGACAGUGCAGACAAAAACGGACGGAAAAGUGAGUGGGCAUAGGGGUUUGCAAAAGCUAUAGUACUCGUAGUGUAAGCCACCUAGAUGUUAAAAGCGCUGUAUCGGACGCCUGAUUUACAUCUAGAGUCUGGCCACGAGGGAAUAUAACGAAAGUGAUACACAAUGCAGUGGUUGGAGAAGUUAUUCAUUUGAGUGCUUUGUUUGCUUAUAUCGACGCGACGCGUUUGGCACAAUAAUUGUGCUUUUCCCUUCGGAUUUGCUUCUUGAGCAUCU